AUGGAAUCAAUAUCAUUUACAAAAUUUAAAUCAUGUCUGGAUACAUGGGCAAAGCAAAAUGAAAAGGGAGAACAGUGCUUAUCGCGCCAAGUCCUUGGCUCGCCAUCAAGUGAAUUACAGGAUGUCUCUGAUGAGUUAAAGCAGGUGCUGGACACCAUGUUUGAGGAAUAUGCCGCCAUUGUGGAUCAACUUGGUUUGGCUGAAAACUUGCAAAAUGACGACGACGAGAGCAAUAUACCCAAAGAGAUUGUCCUUUUAAGAAACUGCGUCGACAUGUAUGACCAAGAAUACCUGGUCAAGGAAUGUAUACGAGGCAUCGUUAGUGGUGAUGGCUUUGCUACACAGCAACAUUUAGCAGGAUCUAUAGCCUUGUGGAAAUCAGAGUCAUAUUUAGAUGAGCAAGUGCAAGAAGAAAUAAAGAAGCUAUAG